UUCCUCAACUUACAUCAAUGAGACAGCUGCCUAUAUCCAUCAAUGGUUCCUCUCAAAUCCAACCACCACAAGUUGCCACCAGCUCAUUUUCCAUAGAAUCCCUUGAAUUCUCGGUGCAAAAUCUCAUGAAAAGCUGGUACAGACGGCAAAGAUGGGACCUAUAUUUCUUCAAUUCCAGUACCCCACAAGACCUGAACAGAGCACCGUGGAGAACCCAGUUGGCCAAUUUCCUAGAAUCCACCUCUGUUCAUCUUAUUGUCAUUUUUCUGCUUCUUUUGGACCUUCUCUUCACCAUCCAUGAACUCUCCUCCUCUGUGCUUUCAUGUCCUUCUUCAGAAAGGAAAAAGAUAGAGAAAUUUUGGUACCAUUAUGUAGGGAUUGCCAUCUUGAGCAUGCUCUCCGCAAGGUUAUUAGCUUUGGCCGUCGGGCUAGGCAGCUCCUUCUUCAGGCGCCCGGGUUAUGUGGUCGACGGGGCAGUUGUUAUGGGGGCGCUGGUUUUGGAAGCGUUCUUUGAGAGGAGGGGAGGCGGGUUGCUUGCCGUGGUGAGUUUCUGGCGUGUUGUCCGGGUUGUGGAGAGCGCUUUCGAGCUAAGCGACGGGGCCAUUGAAGCACAGAUUGAAUGGAUAGUUUGCCAGUUCGAGGCACUGCGGGAAGAGAAUAGGAGACUCUUGGAGAGUAUUGGCGAGAAGGAUAAAAUUAUAGAGAAGCUCCAGGAAGAAGUGGAUCAAUGUAGACGUGUUUGCGACAAUUCCUCCUUAGAUUAUGAGCACAUUUUAGAGCAGGGGACCAUCCGUUUACUGCAUAAUUAACAUCUAAGAUUGUUUCAUUAAGGUGUAUUCCAUUAAAAAAAAAAAAAAAAAGUUUAAGGCCCCAAUUAUGUAAAAAGAUUAGCCAAUAUUAUUCUCUAUUAAUUAAUGAGUAAUGUUAUAUUCAA